CUCUCUCUGUCUCUGCUCCAUCGUCCCACUCGCCGCGCUCGCAGCUGAGGGCCUCCGCCGCUGGAUCUCUCUCUCUCUCUCUCUCACUCCCUCCCUCUCCACCCCAGUCCGAGUUGGUCUCCGUCAGCCGCCGGCGGCUCAUCCUCUCCGUCUCUCCCCUCGCCUUUUUGGCGUCCAGACAGCAUUACGGCACCCGAAAUCAAUUUCCAGCUGUGCCACGGGAACAUAAUUCGAGGCCGUCGAGCGUAGAAGCUUCCCCUCCGGCCUUCCCAUUCCGUUCUCUCUUUCCUCCCACAAAACUGGAAUCUAUACCAGGGCGGUUCAAACGUUGAACCGAGCAGAUGAGUGAGUCGACCGGCUUUUACUGGACCGGGUUCAGAGUGGCUGACGGCCUUCAUCCCUCGAAAAUCUGGUCCCAGAGAAGGAACUCUGCGGCGUCUCAAGACCCUCCGGCUACUUCCCGUGCGGUAUAGAAGAGCGACCAGAACUCGAAUAGAACAGUCCUCUGCUUCUCUCUCAACUCUACUGCGAUUCUUGGAACAGGAAUAGGCGCGCUCUCAUGGCUCAGAUUCCCAAUCUCGACAAUGCCCCGAUCAAUCUCGCCUCCCUCAGGGAGCAAUCGCAGAAGGAGCUCCUCAACAUUCUCAGGAAGAUACGUGGCAAGAAGUGUCUUGUUAUAGACCCGAAGCUUGGGGGCUCGCUCUCGCUCUUGAUCCAGACAUCGCUGCUGAAGGAAUAUGGUGUAGAAUUGCGACAUCUCUCUGCAGAACAUGUUCAAACUGAAUGCUCCAAAGUGCUAUAUCUUGUCCGUUCUCAGAUGAAGUUGAUGAAAUUCAUUUCAUCUCAUAUUCAGCAUGAUCUUUCCAAAGGAGUUCAGAGAGAAUACUUUGUUUAUUUUGUCCCACGCCGCACAGUUGUAUGUGAAAAGAUCUUUGAGGAGGAAAAGGUCCAUCAUAUGCUGUCUAUAGGAGAGUACCCCUUAUACACAUUGCCAUUAGAUGAGGAUGUUAUAUCUUUUGAACUUGACUUUGCUUAUAAGGAAUGCUAUGUUGAUGGUGAUACAAGUUCCCUUUGGCAUGUUGCGAAGGCCAUUCAUAAGCUGGAGUUUUCAUUUGGGUUGAUACCAAAUGUGAGAGCUAAAGGUAAGGCUUCAACGAAGGUCGUUGACAUUCUAAAUAGCUUGCAAGUGGAAGAGCCAGUUAACACAGCUGAUAUGGGGGUUCCUGAGAUAAAUACACUCAUUUUGCUAGAUCGAGAGGUGGAUAUGGUGACUCCAAUGUGCUGUCAGUUAACAUAUGAAGGACUACUAGAUGAGAUUUUGCAAAUCAAUAAUGGAUCUGUGGAGAUUGAUCCCACUAUUAUGGGUGGCCAACAAGAGGGAAAAAAGACUAAGGUUCCUUUAAAUUCAAGUGAUAAGUUGUACAGGGAGAUUCGGGAUCUCAACUUUGAAGUUGUUGUUCAGGUUCUGCGCCAAAAGGCAACUUCAAUGCAGCAAGACUAUGCGGAAGUGAAAUCUACUUCACAGUCAGUAUCUGGGCUGAAGGAUUUUGUUAAGAAGUUGAACUCACUACCAGAAAUAGCGAGGCAUGUAAAUCUUGCUCAACAUUUGCAAUCAUUUACAAGUAAGCCAUCAUUCCAUGCCCGACUAGAUAUAGAGCAAACGAUUUUGGAGCUGCAAAAUUAUGAAAUAUGUUUUGAGUACAUCGAGGAGAUGAUCCACAAACAAGAGCCAAUUAUCAAUAUGCUACGCUUGCUGGUGUUAUUUUCCAUUACUAAUUCUGGGCUGCCAAAGAAAAACUUCGAUUAUUUGAGGAGGGAGAUACUCCACAGCUAUGGAUUUGAGCACAUGUCUACAUUGUAUAAUCUGGAAAAGGCUGGACUCUUUAGGAAACAGGAAACAAAGACCAACUGGCCUACUAUUACAAGAGCUCUGCAACUUAUAGUUGAUGAUACCGACACAGCCAACCCCAAUGAUGUCUCGUACAUCUUUUCUGGAUAUGCGCCUCUUAGCAUUCGUCUUGUGCAACAUGCAAUUAGAUCUGGAUGGCGUUCAAUUGAAGAAAUAAUGAAGCUGUUGCCUGGACCUCAUUUGGAUUUAAAGAGAGGUGCUUCUACAAGCAGUUCUUCAUUUGACAUAGUCUUAGGCGCGCAGUCUAACCAUGACAGGCUUAUGGAUGGACGUCGUUCCCUAGCAUUAGUGGUCUUCAUUGGAGGGGUAACUUUUGCAGAGAUUGCUGCUCUUCGUUUUCUUAGUUCACAGGAAGGAAUGGGCUAUGACUUUAUUGUUGGCACUACAAAGAUGGUGAAUGGUAACACAAUUCUUGAAACACUCAUGAGCAACGCUUAAGGAGUUUGAAAACAAUGGAAAGAAAGUUGCAUCUCAAUCCAGCUUGGCUCUGUGAAGUCGUUCUACAUAUCUGCAUUGCUGGGUGUUAAAGUUUUGACUGCAAGUUCACUACAGUAAAAGUACAUCAUAUUUCUAAUCUGAGAACAGAAGAACCAAGCCCUGAAUUGACUGCUUGGUAUUUCUUUUUUGUUUGCUCUGGUCAGCUCCAAUUUGACUUUGUAAGGUAUUUGAACCAGGAAAAACAAUGAUCGGUUGUCUUCUGCACUUGUUAUAAUUGCAUAUUUGAAAGUACAUUAUUUGAGAUUACCAAA